AUGCUGUUGCUUAUACCUUGCAGAAGACUCGUGUUGGCAGCGUCUCCGACAGGAUGUAGAUGCGAGAGCCUGAAAAAGGUCGUUGACUGGUGUGGUUGCUCUCCGCUGGUAUUCACAAAGGACCACACUCACAAAUUCGCCGUCAAAAAUGCAGUGGCGAAGCCGUUCUAUUUUGCAAGGAAGUUCGAAAGUCUUGUGGACAUCGAUGCCAUUGCUCUGGCCGAGCUACAAGUAAUGCGAGAUAGAGCUCUUCUGCAUAGAAACGAUGUGAUGUUCAAUGUCACCUUUGUGAACCAUUACAAAGCUGAUAUCGACGGAUACUCUGUGCAUUUUUCGCUAAUGGCUGAAACUCUGCUAUCUAUGCACUCAAAAGAGUCAGAUUUUGUUUCGUUAGUUAGGAUCGACGUUGUUAAAAUGCACUCCUCUGCUCCUCAUCAAAUGAUCUUCACAAUUCAGACUCGUUCUUCUCCUGUUCCACUGCAACUUUUGGUUGAGCGGAAGUUGGUGUCUAACAUAGUCUCGCCUGCGAUUACAGAUGGCUUCAAGCUGGAGGUGAUCAUGGCUGGAAUAGAUAUAGACCAUAAGGAGGAGUUUUUCCGUGGAAUAACUGCUUACGCUGAUUUGAACUCUUCACCUACCGUGGCUCUGCGUUGGAGUCGCGUAUAUGAAUUAGCGACCACCGUCAAUGAAACGAAAACCAGUCCCCCCAUACGGUUCACAUGGCGAGGUCCUAAUCAAAAAGCAAUUGCUACUCAGAAGCUUCGUCCUUAUGAUUCUAUUCGUGGGACCCAGUUUGCUUCCUUGAAUCUACAGAAGCUCAACACUACAAAUCUCAAGCCGGGGAUGUGGAGCGUUGUCGUUCAAACCGAUGCUGAAGGAUCUUCGGAAAUUCUUGGAAGUGUAUGGUUUCCGAUUUACUCAACCGAAAAUCAAACACUGUUCCGGUCUCUAGUUCGUGAUUUCUUCAUAAUCAAAGAUAGCUGCGCCACAGAAUGUUCGUCUACAACAUGGAGUACUUUUCAUCCUGAUCCAAAGUCAGACAUUUUAGUCGGUUUUGAUAAGGAAUCUCAAACUCUUGCCUAA